AAUUCCACACAUGCGCACACACAGGUUUUAUGUUUUAAAGUAUGAGAGAGCAGAGUCACCAGACCAGAAAAACAAGGUUCAGAAGUGGGAAAGGCUGGCAAGGAUUUCUAAGCAGGAAGUUCCUUAUCAGGGAGCAGGCUGCUGGCAUUAGUUCAGAAACCUGAGGAUCUGCUAGCCCGCCAGCUCCUGCACCUUUGCACUGAGGUGUGUGUACCCAGUGGGAGAAAGGCAUUCGGGAGCUCAACUGCUUCCUCUCACACACAACUCCUGCACACACACAGAGAGGCACACAAAAGCAGAGUUGGCAUGGUGAGCUAGCUCAAAUGUGAAUACAGACAGGCCAGUAGUUCUGCAGCCUGUUACGGGGCAACCAGCACAGACCAGACUCAAAGCAGCAAGAAGUCUGUAUCCUUCAGAAGUGCUUCACCUGGGCUGGGGAACCACUGCCCGAGCUCGCGUUCCAGCUUGCAGAGUUAUUCAUGAAGAAGGCUCUGAUCUUUUGGACCAUAUGCUCGCUGUUGGCAUUAUAGACAAUCCAUGCUCCUCUCAGCAAGAGAAGUUCAUUGGCCUCUACCUUGGCCUAAUGCCGAUCCAGAGCCAAACCCCUGAUGGUCAGCUUACGUCCAGUUAGUGUAAGCAAGAAAAUCUCUAGUCCUCACUCAUUAACUCACUGAUACAUACUGCAUCCAUGCCUGGGACAGCCUUUGAAACCCGUGUCAAAGCUGGAAGCCCCUGGGUUGUGGCAUGGAUCCUGCAUUUUAGUAAUAGCUCCUUUGUUCCCCUAGGCUGUCUGACUGCAGAGAGAUUACCACUUCUGCUUCUCAAAAAUGCGGAGUUUUUUUCUACAAACUUCGAGAACAUCCUGAAGUGGGAAACUGAAGGCGAGAUACCUCCAGGCACAGUGUACAAUGUCCAGUAUAAAGAGUACGUGGAGAAAAAAUGGCUUAACAAAACCGAGUGCCAGAACAUCUCACAGCGCUUUUGUAACCUCACGCAUGAGACAGAAAACUUCACUGAGUACUACUACGCCAGAGUGCAGGCCAUGGCGCCGAAUGGCUACUCCUCGGACUGGGUCUGCUCCCAGAGAUUUAAACCCAAACAGCAUACUAAUAUUGGGGCACCAGAGGUGAAGUAUAUUCCUAAUGUUCGAUCCAUAAAGUUUCUCAUUCAGCCUCCCUACACACCACUCAAAGAUGAAGAUGACCACCAGCUAAAUGUUGAGGACAUCUAUAGCACUGUUGAGUACCAUAUGACAAUUUUCAGCCAAAGCACCCAACAAGAGCAGUGGACAAAGACUGAAUACAACAAAGAAUUUGAAGUUUCCCACUUGGAACCAGACACUGGAUAUAAUGGGACAAUAUAUAUCCAGCACUUGCAGAAAAAGAGCAAAGCCCAAGUGUUUGAGGCUAGAACACUGCCAGAUAAUACCUGGCUGCUCUUCUGUUUUGGAUCACUUAUAUUCACUGCUGGACUGCUGUUUGCUGCAACAUGUUAUGUGAUGUAUAUAUAUGUGAAACAACGCACUGCACAUCCAAAGUCUUUGGAUUUCAAAGGGAUUCUACCCUUCCAGCCUCUCUCAGUCACAGUGGAGCAUAUUUCAUGCAAACCUGCUUUGCUCACCUCAAAUGUGCCAUUACCAAGCAUUAGCCAGUGUCUGGAGCAGCCACAUUCAUUUGGUUCACCAGAAACUACCUAUCAACAGCAAGCCAAAAUGUCAGCAUCCCAGCCCAUUGCUCAGCUGCCUGACUGGGCCGGGGAUUUUCCUUCCAAGAGAGUAACCGAGGACAACUUACCAUGUAAAACAAAGAACAAACCUCUGGCCCUGACCUAUGGGGUCUGCCUUGAAGACACAAACCAGACAGUGAAGGAUGUUUCCCCUGAGAGGUUUGUCUGUGGCAAAUUUAUACUCCAGACUCCAAGCAGAACAUCAUCUAAAGAAACCUACAGGGAGAAGAGCCCAGAGCUGGUGGAGAAAACAUUAUGGGAGAGCAAUGAUAUAAGGGGACCAGCAUUCUUGCUGGGAAGCACAGGGCAAGCCCAGCAGCUUCAAUUCCAGAUGAACAGGGAGGAAGCUGAGCUGUAUGCGCCUCAACUACCUUUGUCUUUGCUGGAAGGAGGAGGAGGUUACAGACAGCAGACUGUGGAACUGCUGCCGUUACUGUCCUCCAUGACAAUGGACACAAACUCUGUCCCAGAAACUGGAUCUCUGGUGCCUUUACCCUCACCCUUUCCCCUUUCAGUUGGUACCUGUGACGAUCUCCCUGGAGAAGACAGCACACCGCGCAAGAUGCUAUUAGAUUCAUUGUCACAUUCAGAAGACAAACUGCCGCCCCCAGACUUUCAAACAACAUAUGUGCUAAGAACAGCAAAACAGUCAGGCGGCACAGACCUGAGCAGCACUGUGACUCAGGCCUCUGGCUCAGCCCAGGACAGUGACAUGUCCCUCACUAUGUUCUUCAGAGACUUGGAUUUAAAGCUACAGUGGGAGUGUGCAUUGGAUGAAAACACACUGGUGUAUUAGCAAAGUGAUGAAUGAUAUAUCUAAGAGUUAGAUUCUGCCAACCUUAUUUACAAUAGUGUGUCUUUUUCUGCACACAGUACCACUGAAAUAAAUAUAACUGUGGAGUAAGGCACUGGUCAGCAUGAAUCUGUCACCAAGUUUCCACAGCGUGCUCAUUAUUAUGCUAUUAUAGGCAUAUGUUUCUUUAAUGUCAUUGCUUCCAGGAACUCUCCAUUAUGUUUGCACUUCAAUAAUACCUCUGUAUUUUUUAGACAUUUCCAGAUUCAAAUUCAGCCCACUUUAAAACCCGCAACAGGGCUGAAACUCCAACCCCAGACUCAGCAGUCUCAAAAAAUGAGGGGAGUUUGGAGCAGAAUCCACUUUGCAGAGUUGAGUCCUGUCUUUCAGCACCAAGCCCCAGAUCUACAUAUGCCCAAACCUUGAGGAGAUUCAGAUGUAAAGGAGUGCAAGGCUCAAAACAAGCCUUGUUCAGAUGGGCUCUCAUGCUCCAUCAUUUUCUCAGAUGCUGAUAAGGGACAUAACAGUUUUAGAGCAUGCAGAUGGCUACUAUCCAAGGGGGAUUGACCAGAGCAUCUUGUGCAACCUCACAUAAGAACAAUGGCUAGUCUAAGGUACGGUUGGCUAGGGUCAGCGUAACAUCAGUUUAAUACCUAGCACAUUGUCCUCCCUCCUGAACCUGUAGAAGUGACUUAAUUAUCUGGUGUAUAUUCUCCAAAUUCAACGUUUGUGCCUUAAAUGAGGACUGACCAGUGAAGACUAACUAAAGAAAGCAGGCAUCACAGGGAUGGUUGCUACUGCUGUACUGCUGGUUUGUUGCAACUGUUUCUAUCAAUACUUGUACAUAAACAUUUGCAAGAGGAUACUCCAAUUAGUCUGUGUACAAUCCAACCCCUUAUCUCCAGCCAGCAUCCUUUCUUCUUUCAGUAGAUUUUUCCUGUUGUGUUUCCUUGCACUUCUCACUGGCCUGGGAAAUGAAGUGAGGAGCUAAUAAUCAGUAGUAUUAAGAACUGGAGCUUAGAAUAAUACUGCACUGCACUUGUGCCUCUCUUGUACAAUAUAAACGUUUUUUAUGUUUUGUUCCUUUUAUCAAGUAAAUUAAGAUUACUAAUUUUCAUAA